AUGGUCCAGAAGUUCUACGUUACUUACAACCAGGUUCACAAGCUCUGCCAGCAGUCGGCAGGUGCUAUCCUGAAGGAGAAUGCCCCUCACCUGAUGAUCGCCAUCGGUGGUGGUGGCUAUGUUCCUGCUCGCAUCCUCCGAUCCUUCCUCAAGGGACCCGGUGAUCCCAACAUCCCUAUUCAGGCUAUUGGUCUGUCCCUCUACGAGGAUCUUGGCCGUGGCGAUGCCGAGGAGGUCCCUGGCACCAAGGUGACCCGCACACAAUGGUUGGACCUGAGCUCUCUGGAGAUGGCCAACCUGAUUGGCAAGAACAUCCUCAUUGUUGAUGAGGUUGACGACACCCGCACUACUCUCGAGUACGCUGUGCGCGAGCUCGAGAAGGAUGUUCAGAUUGCUCAGAAGCAGCUUGGUCGCGAGGGCGAGAAGACCAACUUCUCCAUCUUCGUGCUGCACAACAAGAACAAGGAGAAGAAGGGUGUCUUGCCCGCCGACAUGAUGGAGAGCCGUUACCACGCUGCCGUCACCACCGACGACGUGUGGAUUUGCUACCCCUGGGAGGCUCGUGACAUUGACGAGCACGACGCUCUCGCCAAGGAGAACCCUAUCAUCUAA